AGACCUCCCAGUAAGUGAUCACUGUAGAGGGCUGGACUAUGGAGGAAAAGGGAAGACCUGACAGACAGGCUUCACGGGGAGCUGUGGUCACACACACUCCCACAAACCUUGGAGAGUGUGCUUCCACCAACUGGCCGUAGUCCUAGAGUAGACUUAAUGAAAAGAGAAAGGGAGGGAAAGUUUGAGGCAUUAUAGUAAACCUAGAGAGUAGUACAUGUGAAGCUUGUUGCUUGCAAGUUGGAGUCAUUCCGCUCGGAUUGCUAGGUGUCUGCUGUCAUUCAAGUCUUUUUUUAGUGCUUUAUUUUUACCCUAGGACAGCUUUCUUGCACAACGUGCCACAAGUGUGCAUGCUUCUUCCUGCUGUCUGCAAGUAAGCUUGUGUGUGUUUCAUCUGAGUCUACUUGAAACCAAGCCAUGGCCGACACAGACUUCAAACUGGAGCGUGCCGUCUUCGCCGAAGUCUCUGAUGACGAUGAGGAGGUCGCCUUGGUGCCUUCUGCAACCAAACUUGCCACCACCUCCAAGGUGUUCAAAUCAAAACGAGUUGAUGAUGAUGAUGAUGAUGAUGAUGACGAUGAUGAUCCAGUGGAAGAGGUGGACCUGGUGUUGGGGCCAGGACUCGAUGGAGGUGGCAGUGGUGAGGCCCAGAAAUUUGAGGCCGAGGCUACCGGCAUGAAGGUCCUGGCACUCCUAGACAAGAUCAUAGGUGUGGUGGACCAGAUACAGCAGACUCAGACAGGCCUCGAGGCCAAGCAGGAGACCAUGGAGAAGAAUAUGAGCAGCAUCCAGACGGAGCUGGCCAAGCUGGCGAAGAGUCAUGUUGGAACAGCUGGGACGGUCAACAAGCUUCUGGACAAGGUGCGGAAGGUGAACGUCAACGUGAAGAGUGUGCGCACAGAUCUGGAGAAGCAAGUGGGACGGAUCAAAAAACUGGAGAACAAUGAACAUGAGCUACUCAAGAGGAAGAACUUCAAAGUGCUCAUCUUCCCGGACAAGGUAAAACCUGUGAAGGUCUCUAAGAAGCCAGUGGCUGCUGGAGAGGAAGGAGAGCAGGUGCGGAGUGAAGGAGCAGAGGAAGACCAUGGCACUGAAGAGGAAGUUGAGGUUGAGGAGAUCAUAGAGGAAUCUCGUGCUGAACGCAUCAAACGCAGCGGCCUCCAGAAGGUGGACAAGCUGAAGGUAGCCUUCAGCAAGGAGCAGAUGGAGAAGACCAGACAGAAAACCAAGGAGAAUCUGGAGAAAACCCGACAGAGAACUAAAGAGAACCUGGAAAAGACACGUCAGAGAACCCGAGAGAACCUUGAGAAGACCAAGAAGAGCUUGGGCAAGAAGAUGGGUAAGCUAGGAACAAAGAUGACGCCUAACACUGAACGCCGUGAGAAGAUCCGCAGCUCCAGAGAGAAGAUGAAGAAGUCACUGACGCCCGAUCACACCGUCUACGCCCGCUCCAAAUCAACCACCUACCGUGUAGCACCUUUCACCUUCCACGUCAAGAAGAUCCGUGAGGGUGAGAUCGAACCCACACCAGAACCAGAGGAAGAGGAGGAGGAGGAGCAGGUGGAGCAGAAUGAGGAGGUCCAGGAGGAAGGAGGUCUAGUGUCAAGGGUGGAGGAGAGUGUCCUGGUCAAUCUUGACAGCCUGGAGAUGGAGGCCUUACUAGAGGCAUCUGAUCAAUCACGGCUGGCGUUCCAGGAGACGGCGAGGCCGAGGGAGAAGGCUGGCCAGUAAAUCCAACAUGCUGAGCGCUGGGAAAAAUAAUGUGGAGGUCUGGAGAUAAAUCAGGCUAAAAGGAUGUAGGGAACCGAGAUGUGCUUGAGGUUGGAAUAAAGAGCAAAUGAAGUCGACUGGACCUUUGGCUGAACAUUUGGUUUGUCUGUUUCUUACUAUCCUCUCAACCCCAAGGUUGCAUUUUUUGUUUUAUUUUGUUUUGUUCAAUUGUCCAUUUUUACAUUGAUUACUGGUUAAUUUUGUGUCAAAUAAAAAAGAUCAAAUCAUUUCAAAUUUGAUUCCCAAGACUUAAUUUACAUUUAAAAUCUAAUCAUAUUUUCAUAAACACUCUCAUGGCAAUUAAUUCCUGUAUUAGACAUUUCAUUUUAACUUAUUCAGUUGUAAUCAAGGCUACCCGGGUGCAUCCAAAUGUGUCCAAUAUAUAUUUAUAUUAAAGUGUCUAUAUUUCAUGAACACCUUGUGUUCUUUGUACUAUCAUGUGACGUGAUGUCUGCUUAUUUCAACAGUAUGAAUUAAAAGCAGGCUCUAUGCGUCUUGUAGAACAUCUGGGCUUUGUUUUAAUGUCAUGAAUGAACUGUUGGAAGCCGUUGAAAGGGAAAACUACAGGGUGCUGGAAAGUAUGUUGUCUGUUGGAAAUAUUGUUGUGAGGGAAGGUAAAUAGAAAAAUAUUCUAAUUAAAGUGAAAAUGGAAAGAAA